ACAAAGGAGCUGGCAAGAUGCAUUUCCUCCACUUCAACUUGACCUUGUCGCUUAUUUUGUGCUGCUGGCUGGGCUGUGGGCGCGGCCAGGAGGCUGGUGCGGUACUGCCGGUGGUGCUGUGGCACGGCAUGGGCGACACUUGUUGUUUUCCCUUCAGUCUGGGCAGCAUAAAGAAGCUCAUCGAGGAGCAGACUAAUGGCACGUACGUGCUAUCCCUCAAAAUUGGUGGCAACGUGGUGCUGGACUAUGAGAGCGGCUUCUUCAUACAUCCCGACAAGCAGGUGGAGUACGCCUGCAAGCAGCUGGCGAAGGAUGCAAGACUGGCCAAUGGCUACAAUGCCAUUGGAUUCUCGCAGGGUGGUCAGUUCUUACGAGCCGUGGCCCAACGUUGCCCCAAACCGCCGAUGCGUACGCUGAUCUCAUUGGGCGGUCAACAUCAGGGCGUCUUCGGUCUGCCCAAGUGUCCGACGCUCAGCACCAGCACCUGUGAAUACCUCAGCCGACUGCUCAACUAUGCGGCCUACGAGGACUGGGUACAGGAACAGCUCGUGCAGGCGACAUAUUGGCACGAUCCGCUGCACGACAACAGCUAUCGGCUGAAGAGUACCUUUCUGGCCGAUAUCAACAACGAGCUUUAUCUGAAAGUGAAUUACAUCGAGAACCUCAACAAACUCAAGAAGUUUGUGAUGGUCAAGUUCCUAAACGAUACUAUCGUGCAGCCGCGUGAUAGCCAGUGGUUCGAGUUUUAUACGCCUGGACAGGAUAGGGAAAUGCAGCCCUUGAACCAAAGCAAGGUUUACAGCAAUCUCGGUUUGGAUAAAAUGCAAGCGAAUGGGAAACUGAAAUUCCUGAGUCUCGAGGGCGAUCACUUGGCCAUAUCCAAGGAGUGGUUUAUACAGAAUUUAGUGCCGCUGCUAUUGGCCUAAAGGCGCUCAGUGAUGGAAUUCGACUUGGGGAACAAACAAAAAAAAAGCUUUAUUAGAUAUAAUUAUAUAUACAGGAAGAGAGAGAGAGGGAGAGAGAGAGAGAGAAAAAGGGAGAACAACCAAAAGAUGGAGAACAACUUGGCGGAUUAUGCUCAACAUUUAUAUGCACACACAUGCAUAUAAGUGUAUAUCUAUAAGUAUGUGUAUGCACAUACAUAUGUACCAUAUAUUAUGUAUAUUAUUAUUAUUAUUGGUAGUUUAGUAAAUUCACUUUUGCAUAC